AUGGUUGAGAGUUACUCCUUUGCAAGGCGAGUAAAAAUAAAUGUCGGCGGUACUGUGUUUGAGACUUCGCUCCCCACCCUUACAAGCGUCAGUGAUAGCAUGUUCUCCGCUCUGAUUGCUGAUCGCUGGCAAAAUCAGGAAGAGCUGUUCAUUGACAGGGAUCCCACCCAUUUCGCGAAAGUGCUGAACUAUUUGAGAAACUGCGAAGCAUUCCUUCCUCCCAGAAAUGAUGACAGUCGCGAAGAUUUGCAAAGAGAAGCCGAGUCUGGGGAUAAAGUACAAUGGACACCGAGGGCCAGUACUUACAGCUUUGAACCCAUUCAUCCUGGCCAUAAGCUCACCUGCACCGCCUGCGGAUCCAACGUAACCUACCCCGACACCUUCGUGUCUAACGGAACCAAAAAGGAAACCUUUCUUCUUGUCAAGCACGGGGAAACUGAAGUAAUCAGCAGGUAUUCCGUACCUCCGUUUUGGGCCUCCUUCCAAGGAUUAGUCGUAACGGCCGAUCGCACCUGCUGUCGUGUGAAAUGGUCUACCGGCAUAUCAGGUACACCGAAAAUUGAAACACAUACUCCAAAAUCUACUCUGCGUUUGGCGAAUACAAGAUAA